GAAUAGUUCCCGUCACCUGGGCUGGGCUUCUGAAUUGUAGUCCUGAGGGGAAUAGCAGCUUUAAUGUUAGCUUAGAGAGCAGUUGGUCCCCCCCUCUCCGGCGCACUUGGUACGCUCCUAUGUUAGAGGUUACCCAGUGUCUGUACAAUAGCCUUUCCAUCAGCUGCUCUCCUCCUAUCUGUGCUCAGGGAUUGGGAAGUUGUGAUCUAUCGUAGGGGGGUGGGGAAGAGGCACCCCAACAAAGGAGAUCUCCCCAGACCCUGGCUUUAUCUAUCUAUGUGUGCUGGGAGGGGGCUGGACAAGAUUCUUCCCUCCCUGGUGGUGAUGAAUCCUUUCUUCCACAACUGUUAAUCGGAUCCUGUUGCCUUUAGGAAUGAGACUGCAUCAAUCUCAGCCCUGAUCCUGGGAAAAAAGAAGAGAACCAGAGGAGCUAGCACUCUAAGACAGGCGAUCCCUAGUUGUGUUGAGGACAUGGACAAGCAGACUGGGGAGACCACAGCAGAGGAACACACAGCAGCAGGUGAUAAAGUUACAACAGUAGAAAAUGGCAUACAGAAAGCAACAAAGAACUCAGACACUCGAUCAGAAACUGAUCAGCUAAGCACAAAGACAGAGCAAGGAACUGCCAGCUCCACGUCAACGGCUGAAAGCCAUGACGCCACUUGUCAAAAGACUCAGGGACCCGUUUCUGCACCAGCAGAUGAAGGGCCUUCUCCUUCAUCACACACAGAGAGGAGUACUUGUGAUAAAACAGAGGAAGGACCCAGAUUAUGUCUUGAAGAACACAGUUCAUUGCUAGAGACAGCAAUCCCAAGCACAUCGAAAAUGGUGGAAAAUGUCACUUCUCCAAAGGGACAGGUUCAGAAGGGGGAUGUCUUGGCUUCACCUGCUGCUGUUUCUCCUACUACUGCCACUAGUUCCAGACAAAAACUAGACACCCAGAAGGCAGUGCAGCGGCAGAAACAGGCAAAAGAGAGGAGAGAAGAAAGAGCAAAGUAUCUGGCGGCCAAAAAGAGCGUGUGGCUUGAGAAAGAGGAGAAGGCAAAACAGCUGAGAGAGAAGCAAAUACAGGACAGAAAGAAGAGACUGGAAGAACAAAGGCUCAAGGCUGAAAGGAAAAGGGUGCUCCUGGAGGAACGACAAAGAUUAAAGCAUGAGAAGAACAAGGAAAAAUAUGAGGCAGCAGUCAGCCGUACCACUAAGAAGACUUGGGCAGAGAUUCGUCAGCAGCGAUGGUCAUGGGCAGGAGCACUCAACCAGAACUCUCCUAAAGGAGGCCCAAACAGAUGCUCCAUAUCUGCAGUGAAUCUUCCCAGACAUGUUGACUCUAUAAUCAACAAGCGACUAUCUAAAUCCUCUGCCACAUUGUGGAACUCUCCAAAUAGAAACAGGAACUUGCCGCUCAGUCCUUGGGAAAGCAGUAUCGUAGAUCGGUUGAUGACACCCACCCUGUCCUUUCUAGCAAGAAGCCGGAGUGCAGCAACCCUCCCGGGAAACAGCAGAGAUCUGAGUUUAUUAGUAUGUCCUCGUUCUGCCUCUGCAAGUCCACUAACCUCUUGUAAUGGUCACAAGCAUCGGUGUUCAGAACGUCGGAGAACCACAGCCGGCAGCCCUGAUGUAACUCCCCGGAAACGCAGUGAAAUAUCUCCAAAAAAGAAAGAGAAGAAGGAAAAAGACAGGGAAAAUGAGCGUGAGAGAAGUGCAUUGACCAGAGAGCGUAUUAUCAAAAAAAGACUGUCCUUACCUGCUACAAGGAGCCGAGCAUCUCCUACUCCUGACAUAAGUACGAAGUCCAAAAACCGCCCGUCCUCCCCUUCCACACCUACCCGGCGCCCAGCCUCACCUUGCCUAGGUCCUUCAUUACCAAUAACUCCAAAGGUGACUCCUCCAAAGAGUUCACAGGGGACACCAAAAUCAAAACCUAAAACGGAGAAGCUGAAGGAAGAGAAAACACCCAGCAAAGUCAGAGAAAAGAAAGCAGAGCAAAAAAUUGAAAAGGAGAGGCAACCAUCCCCUGCAUCUCAGCCAGAGGAAACAAAGACACAGGAAACACCAGAGAGCACCGCUAGCAGUGCUGCAUCUAGUACAGAGCCUGUUCUUUCCAGUACCCCUGCUACUGCACAAGCCCCUGCUUCAGUAAUUGCACCUUCUCCUGUCCCAUCUCCAAGCAAGCCCAUGGCUGGCACCACAGAUAAAGAUGAAGCUGCUCGCCUGCUAGCAGAAAAAAGGCGACAGGCCAGGGAGCAAAGAGAAAGAGAUGAGCAAGAAAGGAGAGAGAGAGAGGAACAGCAGAGGAGAGAACGUGAGGAGCGUGCUCUUAGGGAGGCUGAGGAAAGGAUGCAGAGGGAGGCAGAGGCUCAGCAGCUGGAGGAGAAAAGGAGGCUGGAGGAAGAGGAGAAACAACAGCAUGAGGAGGAAAUAAGGAAGAAAGACGCUGAGGAAAAAGCCAAAGCUGAACAAGAAGAAAUGGAGAGACUGCAGAAACAAAAGGAGGAAGCUGAAGCGAAGGCUAGAGAAGAAGCAGAAAAGCAAAGACUGGAGAGAGAGCAACAUUUCCAGAGAGAAGAGCAGGAGCGCCUGGAACGUAAGAAGCGCCUUGAAGAAAUAAUGAAAAGGACAAGAAAAUCAGACGCAUCAGGCAAAAAGAAGGAAGAUAAGCAAACCAUGAAUGGAAAAGAGACCAAACAAGAAUCUACUCCAGUCAAAGCUGAAACAGUACCCACUGAUGUUAUCAUGAAGAUUGAGCUUCCAGAGAAGAAGGUGGUGAGAAUACAAGACAGGAAUGCAGCACCUGACAUAUCUCAGGGAGGCUCUCUGGUGAAUGGGGUACAACCUUCCAAACAAGAAAAUGGCUUCUCCUCCAAAGAUUCAUCGCCUGCAUUUGAAGAGGUGAUAACACUUUCUGAUAUCAGCAGUUCUAAUGGAGAGAAGGGGAUUCCACCCGCAGAACCAAUUAUCGCUUUUGGGGGAAAGGAUUCAUUUAUUAAGAAGUCUGCUGUGCAGCCCCCUCAAGUAACAGAAGUUCUGUAACCCUUUAUAAGGCUGUAUCAGAGUUCCUGUUGGCUGGAAGGACUUCAAGGUGAUGGCGAUGAGAAGAACAGUAGAUCUUUGGGGCCAACGUCCUAACAUUGAAACCUUCAUGUUGUCACCAUUAGAUCACUAUGAAAUUCUUACUGAAGAGGCCACCGUGAACUGAAUGUCAAAGGGAGAUAGACUGAAAAUGCUGGCCACAAUGAAUGUGGCUGCAAGUAGGACAGAUAUUACCAGUGCCACAUCUACCCACCAUUGACAAAUACUGGACACUUCUUAGUGUUAUUAUAAUUUUGUGUUUUUGUUUCUAACAUGCACCUUAUAUAAUAAAGUAAAACUGACAAGGUUUAUUUCACAAGGACGCGAGGAGACAAGUGGUAAAAAGUGGAAUAACCCAGCCCUGUCUGAAAAUGUGUGAAUGAGCUUCCUGGUGCUCCUAAUAAUGUAGCUAUUUAAUGACAAGAGACUGCUGGGUACAAUGCUGUAUGUGAAUUCUGUAAAUAAAACCUCACAGUGUUACAUCCACAUUCAUAA